AUGAGCAAGGUUCUCUGGCAUUCCUUUUCAUUUUGGGUAAAGCCAUCAUUCCUCUAUCUGGUUCUCUUGGUAUUUGGGCUUCAUGCCGCAGUCCACUGUGCACCACCUGAAGGCAAAGUAACUACCUGCCAUUCACCCCAACAAAAUGCCACUCUCUAUACAAUGUCGUCCAUUAAUACUGACUUUGCAUUCAACUUGUACCGGAGUUUCCUUUUGACCCCAGAUAAGAACAUCUUGUUUUCCCCUUUGAGCCUUUCUGCAGUUUUGGUUCUGCUUUCCUUUGGGUCCUGCUCCAGCACCCAAACUGAGAUUAUGGAAACCUUGGGGUUCAACCUCACAGACACUGCAAUGUUAGAGAUCCAGCAGGGCUUCCAGAACCUGAUCUGUUCACUGAAUUUCCCAAAGAAAGAAUUGGAAUUGCAGAUAGGAAAUGUCGUCUUCAUUGGGAAGCAUCUGAAACCACUGGCAAAGUUCUUGGAUGAUGUCAAGACCCUUUAUGAGCCUGAAGUCUUUUCUACCGACUUCUCCAAUGUUUCUGCAGCCAAGCAGGAGAUUAACAGUCAUGUGGAGAUGCAAACCAAAGGGAAUGUUGUGGGUCUAAUUUAAGACCUCAUACCACACACUAUCAUUAUCUUAGUGAACUAUAUUCAUUUUAAAGAUGAAGAAACAGCCCAGAGGAGCCAGCGGACUGAGGACCCAAACCCUCUUUCCAUGCUCCACACAGAUCUGUAA